CCUGUCAGAGGUCAAGUGGAAUUAACCCCUCAGCACCCAAACUGCGGGUCCCUCCUCCCCCUGCAACUUCGUCUAUACUUCCCUCCCCAUUUGCAACUUCGAGCGGGGUCACCCUGGACAGGUUCUCCAAGGUGGAGAGCGUGGGGUCCUGAUACCCUGGAGGAGCUAGCUCAGUAAGGAGGCUCUCGGGCAGGGCGGGAAGGAAGGAUGACCUCUCCGAGCACGGACAGCUCCGGCAAGAGCCUGCAGUACCGGGUGGAUCACCUGCUAAGCGCCGUGGAGAAUGAGCUGCAGGCGGGCAGCGAGAAGGGCGACCCCACCGAGAGGGAGCUGCGCGUCACCCUGGAGGAGAGCGAGCUGUGGCUGCGCUUCAAGGAGCUCACCAACGAGAUGAUCGUCACCAAGAACGGAAGACAGCUCAGCUUCGUUUCUAAGAUCAUGUUGAACUCCUUGCACAAGUAUGAGCCUAGGAUUCAUAUAGUGAGAGUUGGUGGCCCGCAGCGAAUGAUCACCAGUCAUUCUUUCCCGGAGACCCAGUUUAUAGCUGUGACAGCUUACCAAAACGAAGAGAUAACAGCUUUAAAAAUUAAGUACAAUCCCUUUGCAAAAGCUUUUCUUGAUGCAAAAGAAAGAAGUGACCACAAGGACAUGAUGGAUGAAGUGGGAGAUGGUCAGCAGUCAGGGUAUUCGCAAUUAGGUGGCUGGCUGAUUCCUGGAACAGGGACUCUGUGUCCUCCUGCCAAUCCUCACCCACAGUUUGGAGCGCCUCUGUCACUCUCCCCUGCUCACAGUUGCGAAAGGUACUCAUCCCUGAGGAAUCACCGCCCUGCCCCUUAUCCGAAUCCAUACACUCAUAGAACCAAUUCUCCAACAGCAUAUGGUGAUAGCUCUUCAGCCUGCCUUUCUAUGCUCCAAUCCCAUGACAACUGGUCCAGUUUAGGUGUCCCACCCCCGACAAGCAUGCUGCCUAUGAGUCACAGUACCGGUCCACCAACCAGCUCCAGCCAGUAUCCCAACCUGUGGUCUGUCAGCAACAGCACCGUCUCACCUGUGUCACAGUCAGGUGGGAUGCCCAGUGGGAUAGGAUCCCAGUUUUUACGAGGCUCCACGACCCACUAUCCCACCCUCCCUCAUUCUGUCACCACCCCUUCCUCAGGAUCUCCAUUGUACGACAGUGGGAACCCCACAGACAUUGCCGACAGUCAAUAUGAUGCAUCAGUGCAUGCUAGACUUUCUUCUACAUGGACUCCAGUCACAACGCCUUCUAUGUAGGCCUUUCCUUUUGACAAAGGACUUUCUAGCUGCUCUAAACCAGGAAUCCAGAAGUAACGUUUCAGGAGGGCAGACGGAAAAGGCACGAAGUAUGCUAGCAGUAAUUGCUUUAUGCUCAUCUCAGUAUUAGAGUGUAAUGAUAGUGGCACAGACACCUUAUGAAAGGGGUAUGAAACUUGUUUGGCAGUGCAGUCCAUGUCGGAAGUGUUUGCCAUCCCUUUUUUCUUCUCUGCAGGUGAGAAAUGUUGCCAACCCUGAGAUAUAAGGGCUCUCCUUUUUCAAAAUAAGCCUUUUCAGUUUUCAAAUUUCACCAGAAGCAAAAUGCACCACAAUGGCAAUGGGCUGGUCAUGGAUUAUAUAUUUUUUCCUCUUCUGAGCUGUGUAUGUAUAUAUAUAUAUACACUCCAUUGAGGAGUAAGAAAUUACACCAUGUAUGUAUCUCAUUCAAUGAGCAGUUGCAGAAGAGUGAGUGAACAUUGAGAAGUAACCUGCAUGUUUUCUAGACUCGAGUGCUUGAUCUGUGCUGGCUUGCAUAUUCAUUGCUUGGUGACAGCAACUUCGUGUGAACUUCCACUGAGUGAUGACUUCUCAUUUGCUGCUCUUUUAUUGCGCUUUAUCAUUAGACACAUUUUCCAGCCCAGAUUGUGCCAGGCCCAUAAUGAAUGGGUUAGGUGAGUAGUUCACCUUGAGCGUAAAUUGUACUUUCAUACUAAACAGCUUGAGGUUUGGGUGGUGGCUUGACCUGUUGGACACUGCAGGUGAUAUUUGAAUCUGGGAAAGAAAAGAAUGGUUUGUCACAUGUGGAGUGAUGUGAAUUGGCCCCAAAUGAUGAGAUUUCUUGUUAGAAAUACCUAGAUGGAAUCAGCAUUAAAGGACGAUAGCUAGCUAGAAUAAAAAGUGCACUACUAUAAUGGACAUGCCUUGACCAUAUUAUUUCCCCUAAUUUGCAGAUUUAUGCACAACUUUAUGUUUAUUUCUUUGUAACUUUUGAAAUGACAAUCAAAAAGAGCUCUUCCCUGCAUAACAAAUGCAGUUUUUGAAGUUUUACAGAUCCGUUCUUGUUGUUUAAAGUGCCUCUUUGUAUAGUGUGCUCUGUUCUUGUGCAGUGUAAUCUUACGUAUGUUUGCUCAGAAGUAAGACCGUAGUGGGACUUACGGUACUGUGAGGUAAGUGUGCCCAGGAUUAAUUGCAGUCUUAAAGCUGAUUCACUGCAAUAGUUCCUGUACAAAUACUUGUUUUGCCACGUUUACACAUUGCAUAUACUCGGUGAGAAGCCAUUGCAAGCAAAACAGUGAGAAACAAUCGUUUUAUCAAUAUGUGUACAAAUGGUGAAACUGUCAUGCAUUCAUUUGCCAUACACAAUCAUAUGCAGGCUAUCUGUAUGUGGUUUUCCUAUAUGAAGUGAUACCUGUUUAGGAAAUUGGGGUAUGUCUGUGUAAUAUAGCUUACCUUUAAAGAGAGGGUUGCAAAUGAUUUUUAGCCUAUUUAAAGGGCUGUUGUCUAAGGGCUGUUUGAAGACCUUUAAUUUUAAUAUACUUGAAACCAGGCUCAAAGUAGAAAGUGCACAUUUGAGAACUUUUUUUCUAAUUUAUUUUAUUUCAGUAUUGUCCGCCAAUGAGCAAUAUUUAUUUGUUAGUAUAAGCUUUUGUAUAUGUGUAUAUGCUUUUUCUGUGUACUUACAGGGAUGAGAGUUUGUAGUCCUUCUGAUAUUGUUGGACUCUCAUAAGCCCCAGCCAUUGUUGCCAGUGAUCAGGAGUUAAGGUCCAGCAACCUCGAGGGCCACAGACUCCUCAUCCUUAGUUUACUGUAUCUUAAGACAAUCACCUGGGGGACACUUCUCCCAACAACACUUUUUGAAUGUGUCAGAAUGGCGCUGCCUUUUCAGGUUAGCAAAGCCAAGCCACAUUGUUGUCUUGGGUCUUAUAAUUCUAUUCAUAUUAACAGAAUUUUGCAUCCUCAGAGGGCUGGAGACAAAUUCCACUAUAGGCCAAGGUGGUGGAGGCAUAGCUGCCAAGUUAUCCCUUUUUUACAGGGAUUUUCCCUUAUGCUGAAUAGGCUUCCUCGCGAGAAAAGGGAAAACUUGGCAGCUAUGGGUGGAGGGCUUUGAUUUCAUUGCUUACAAACUGCUAGCAACAAGAAAGCCAACACCGUUGUGGCCAUCAAUGGAUGUUAUGCCGUGUGUCAAUAUAAUGUAAAUAAGCUCUCGUGUUUUAUUGUGAAAGCUAAUCUUGUAAAUUAAGUCUAUGCAAUUAUUAUUUAGUGCCUUCUGUGGUUAGCAAAACUGUAUGUAAUUGUGCUUUUGUCAUUUUAAAUGUAUUCAGUUAAACUGCAAAAUAAAGUAGUACAUUUCCUUAAUAAACCAAAUGCUUAGCUGCCAGUUGUUGCGAAUACUUCACUUGUGUCACACCAACAAAUAGAUUACUUUAUGGCACAAGAACCUCUAGACUGAAACAACUGGGUGAUACUUAUUAUUGUACUAUUCCGUAUGACAGA